UUACCCCAUGCAGGCAGUUUGUUUUCGAGUUCAAGGGCAACAGCAAGGUUUUCAAGUUACAAAAUUAUUUUGAUUGUUGAUUGAAGAAGUUUCUGCAGAAUGGUUGCCCAGUCCUACUACAGCAUGGUGAAAGCGGUUUGGAGAUGGGGAAGUCUGACCACUCCAAAGCCUUUAUAUCCAAGGCCCUUACAUCCAAGAUUCAACUCUUUCUCAUUUUCUUUAUUUGCACGAUUGUCUUCACAGAGUUCCUACACAGAAAAGCAAAACCUCUUUCUCAUGGGGCCACCAGGGGCCGGAAAAACAACGGUAGGGAGAAUAGUCGGCUGUAGAUUGGGUCUCCCAGUUAUAGACGUUGAUGAUGACAUUCUUGAGGUGAAAUGGAAGAUGCCAGUGGCUGAAAAGCUGUCAGAGUUGGGCAGUGAACGGUUCCUUGAGGAGGAGGGCAAGGCUUUGUCUGACUUCUCUGCUGUUGGCAGUGUUGUCUCAUUGACUGGGUCUAACCCACUGCACUCGGGAACUAUGCAGCAGUUGAAGAGCUGUGGUGUGGUGGUCUAUCUGGAUGUGGACACAGAGGACAUCAUGCGGAGGCUGUCCACAAUGAAAGUGAACAGGAUCGUCGGCCAAGGUCCGGAUGUCUCCAUGAGGGACAUUUUGCGUUUUAGGCAGCACUUUUACAAUCAGUGGUUUGAUACAAGGGUGCUUUGCGGGUCUGGAGACACCGCUGAUGAGGUGGCAGAAAAAGUACUUCAGGCUCUAAGGAGGUACCAGGAUUCAGAAUCUGAAACCUUUGUCUCAACCAGAGGCUGCCUUUCGAAAGGGACUGAAUCAGCCAGUGAUGCCAAGUACUUCAGCGACGUCGUCAUUGAAGGGCUAGCACCUGAUGGAGGGCUAUAUGUGCCUAAUAGAGGGUUCCCCAAGCUGGACGCUUGCAAUUGGCUGAGGAUGCUAGGCAUGUCAUAUCCAGAAAGGGCUGCCACCCUGUUGGAGAAAUGCAUACACCCUUUGGACGUACCUGCUGCCCAGCUAUACAGGAUGGUACACAAAGCAUAUGGAGAAAACUUUGUCUCUCCAUCCAUUGCACCAGUCAGGCACCUAAUCAGCAACCAAUAUGUGCAGGAGCUCUUCCAUGGCCCCACAGCCUCCUUCAAAGAUCUGGCAUUGCAGCUGAUGCCACAGCUCUUUGCCCACUGCCUCCCACAGAUGUGUAACUACUUGAUUCUUGUAGCCACAUCUGGGGACACAGGAAGCGCAGUCCUGAACGGCUUCAGCAGCCUUAGUGAUGCGGACAGGCAGCGAGUUGGCGUGCUAGUGUUCUUUCCUGAGGAUGGAGUGAGCGAGAUUCAGAAGCGGCAGAUGACCAGUUUUGGAGAGGGCAAUGCACGAGCUGUCGGCGUGGCCUCUGACUUUGAUUUCUGCCAGAGAGCUAUCAGGCAGAUGUUUGGUGAGUCUGGUCUGACUGGACACUUGGCAGUAGAGUAUGCCACCAUGCUGAGCACUGCCAACUCAAUCAACUGGGCUCGCCUGCUACCACAGGUUGUGUACCACUCCUCGGCCUACCUGGACCUGGUUAGCGACGGUGUGGUUCAGUUCGGGGACCCUGUUGACGUGUGCAUCCCCACCGGGAACUUUGGUAAUGCCAUGUCCGCCAUGUAUGCAAAGCAGAUGGGAAUCCCCAUAAGGAAAUUAAUUUGUGCUUCAAACCGCAACAACGUUGUGGCAGACUUCAUUGCCACUGGAGAGUACGAUCUCCGAGGCAGGCCGCUUGUGGCCUCCCACUCUCCUGCCAUAGACAUCCUAAAAUCCUCCAAUCUUGAAAGGUUACUAUUUCAUGUCUCAGGACGGGACAGCCAGCUCGUUCGUGACCUGUUCUCUAGCUUGGAGAAAAAGCAGUAUUUCAAAGUGCCGGGUGCUUUGCUUGAGAGGAUACAGCAUGACAUCCUGGCAGGUUGGUGUUCUGAAGUUGAGUGCAUGGCGGCCAUCCGUGAGGUGCACUUGAGCACAGGCUACAUACUGGACCCACACACAGCCGUUGCCAAGGUGGUGGCGGAUCGGCUCCAGGACAGGACGUGUCCGGUUGUCAUCUCCUCCACUGCGCAUCAUGGCAAGUUUGCGCCGGCAGUUCUCAAGGCCCUUGAGCUGCAGGGCCCCACAGGGACUCCCCUGGAUCAGCUUGACCGCCUCACAUCAUUCGGAUCCAGGCCACUUGCGCACAAUGCCCUGCUGAAGUGCCUGAGGGAAAGUGGGAACAGGCCUCAUCUAGUGUGCCCGGCUGAUAUCAGUAUACUGGCGGAGCAAGUGGAAACCAUGAUACAGGAAUCAUUCUGCAAAGUUUAUUAGGUUUGUUAACUUCUUUUAUGAAUCCAGUAAAUAUACACUCACUAAGCACUUUAUUAGGAACACCUGUACACCUAAUGUAGGGGAAAAUUCACAGAACGAAAGAUCUCCCUCCUAAAAGUAUGAUAACCAAUCACAAGUCAAAAUCAGACUCCACCUUAGUGAGCAGGCUGGUUCCUCCAAAACUCUCGACGAUGUGUGCUAAAAGUUUAUCAAUAUAUCUGUAUUAAAAUAUGAUAUGUACCCUGUAUAGUUUCAAACUGAUUAACUGCUAAAUUGUGCUAGGAUUACACAGUGAGCCCAGCCAGCUGGCAGGGGGGGGGCCCCGUCUUGAACUGUGUAGACCAAACUGUCAAGGACACGGGCAGAGCAGGAUAUGACUGUACUGCUGAUUUCUCCGGGACUCUCGAUGUUUUAUGCCAGGAGUGUAUCUAUUUGACCUAGAACAUUAAUUAUAGCUGAGCUUAUGAAAACGCAAGAAACCACAGUGAAAACUGUUGAAAUGAGAGCAAAGAAUGCUACGUACAUUUUAUUCCCUUAGAAGAGAAUAAUUAAUCAAAUGUUUAGUAUGUCUGUAUAUUAGAAAAGUAUAUUAGAAGUGAAUAUUAAUGAAAUGUUUAGUUUGUCUGUAUAUUUUCAAUGAUUACUGCUGCUUAGUUUGUCUUAUAAAAGCGAAAGAUACAGAGUGACGUGUAUGGAUGAUGUGUUAGAGGGAGGGCAUCCAGAACUUUAUGAGGUCUGGUAGUUUGCCAAGAGCAGGUGCGGGGUGAAGUGAGGACACGUAGUUGGCAGAAUGCCCUGAACUUUGUACAGAGUUGGCAGAGCAUAAGGACCGUUGGCAAUUUGCCACAAUGACGUUGUGGGAGGAGCGUUGGGAGGAGUUACGAUAAGAAAAGUGUGGGUGAUUUGCCAGAAUGAGGUUUGAGGAGGAGUUGUAGGUGGAGUAACUGUGUAUAAAAUGGGUGUACAACUGCCAGUCGGGGUUCAGUUCUGGAGAGUCUGAUUUUCCUGAAGAUCUUUCUGCCUGGUGUCGUCUUUUCCCUCGCGAAGAUGUUUUUCGACAAAUUGAAGAUUUGGACUCUGUCGUUUCCUAGACACGACACUACUUAUUCAUGCAAUUAUCUAAUCAGCCAAUCGUGUGGCAGCAGUAUAAUGCACACACAUCAUGCAAAUAUGGGUUUGGAGCUUCAGUUAAUGUUCAACCAUCGGAAUUGGGAAUAAAUGUAAUCUAGAAACUGCUGAUUUCCUGGGAUUCAAAGUCUUUAGAGUUUGCAGAGAAUGGUGCAAAAAACAAACAUCCAGUGAGCAGAAUUUCUGCCGGGAGAAAUGCUUUGUUAAUGAGAACAGUCCGAGGAGAAUGGCCAGACUGGUCAAAGCUGACAGUAACGUAAAUAACCACACAUUACAAUAGUGGUAUGCAGAAGAGCGUCUUUGAACACACCACAUCAAACCUCUAAGUGGAUAGGCUACAGCAAAGUCAAAAAAUUAAGUCUAAUAAAUACCUAAUAAAGUCUAUAUUUGUGUGGGUGAUAUGGACUUGCCAUUUUUUUGUGGAAAACUGAGAAGGAAGCUCAUUGUAUUUAAUAUCUUCAGCUGUCAACUGAUGCAUUUGGUUGAUUUUUGCUCUGAUGAUUGGCAGGUAACAUUAUAGCCAUUUUGAUGGUAUGUCCAUAUCAUCUGGCUGAAUUUCAGUAGGGUUGAGCCUGGUGCUGUUUUAAUACAUAAUAAAUAAGGAAUGUCUGUGCUACAUUAGAAACUGUCUGUAAUCUUACACGGCCACUAGAUGGCAUGUUGACUUCUGUUGGAGCUCUGCAGGAAAUGUAAAUGCACACCGUCCUAUAUGUCACCUUGUCACCAUCACACAGAGAAAAAAGUAGCAGGCAAACCCACACACACACACACACACACACACACACACACACACACACUGGUCCUCUCUCAGAUCCUUAUGGCGGGUCCUGGACAUAUGUUCUGCAAGUCAGAUCAGAUACAUUUAAUGUGUGUUUAUUCAAGGGUUAUUUAAGGGCAGUACUGGGUUAUUCGAAUGUAUUUUCCCCACCAGGAAUGGUUUAUCUAGUCUACAUUAAAAAAAAAGAAUGCUCUAUAUUCUAAUAUAAGUACAGUGGGCUCUAGAAUUAUUGGCACCCGUGAUAAAUAUGCAGAAAAAAUGCUGUAAAAAAAAAAAGAUAUUUAUUGACAUGAGCUUUAUUUUCCAACAUGUGUAAAGCAGUGUACUUUAUUAAUGAUUCAAUGGAAUCACGCCAGUCUCAUUAUUUUUGAAUUAAAAAAUAUUUCCCCAAAAAACUGGUUCCACAAUUAUUGCCUUCCCUUGUUUAAUACUUUGUGCAAACACCCCUGGCAAAAAUGACAGUCAUGAGCCUUUUCCUAUAAUUUGUAAUAAGGUUACAGAACACAUUUGGAGGGAUUUUUGUGUUUGUUAUGUUUGUGUUUUUACUUGGUGACCCCUAGACACAUCCAAUCUCUGCAAUUCUUAAACUGCGAUCUUCGGGUUACUUAUGGCCUCCGCUAUCUUCCUUACCAUCCAUGGAGAUAAUGCAAACUUGCUUCCUUUUCCUGGAAAGCUUGCAACCAUUCCAUGUGUUUUACAUCUUUUUAUUAUUGUUCUUACCGUGCUAAGUACCAUGUUUAGUCGUUUAUGUAUUUGUUUAUACCCAUUACCUGACUUGUGAUGGUCAAUUACCAUCUCUCUUCUGAAUUGACAGUCCUUUGGCUUUUCCCAUGCUGAUGGUUGACAGGGCUUGUUAGGGUUAGGUGGUAUCCAAUUCCACAGGAAGUGAUAGAAUGACACAAUAUAGUUCCUUUAGACUGAGGUAAAUUUAAUUAUUUUG